AAGACGAGUUCAUAAAAUCGAAAAAACUCAUCACUUUUCAGACUGGUACAAGACAUGCGAUCGACUUAGAUCGCGUUUCAAGUUUCGAGCACCAGUACCGCUGCUGGUCCCCUCUGUAGAUGGUACGUGCGACGUUCGUCGACUGAACAGACACGCAGCCGUUCAGGUCGCCAUGCCAGCUAUCGAAUUCUUUUCCUAG